UCUCCUCUACUUCAGGCCGCAGGAUAGUUGCUGAAACAUGCCGAGACACUUGCAGGGCAGCUCGGGUCUGUCGCAGGUCCGCGUGGCUCGUUCUGGUUUGUAGCCUAGUUGGAUCUACUUUGUGGUAUGGUCUCCCCCACCAUAUCUGAAUAUAACUAUUGCAAAGGAGGGGGAAUAAAGUAAAAGAUUAGCAAUAACUGCCCAAUAACAAGGUGAAGAAUACAGGAGAUCUGUACACCAAUAUUGGAAUCGAUGUUCGAUCAAGCCACGACUAUGGGCGAUGGGAUCGCAGAGGAACGCAACCACCACCACCACCACCGUGGAUCCAACUCUCUGUGCCGUGACCGGAUGGACAAAUGCCAUACCGAACUUGGGAGCAGGUCGCCGGUGCAGAGUACAACCGAUACCGCGGGUACAUCGGCGUCUACCCCCACCUCCUCCAGUGAAGACGGACAUGAUAAACUGGACCCAGUGGACCCAGACUACUGCCAGAGGAUUUUAGUUCGAGAUGCUAAGGGAACCAUCCGGGAGAUCGUGUUGCCAAAGGGUCUCGACCUCGACAGGCCAAAACGCACGCGGACCUCCUUCACUGCAGAGCAGCUCUACCGGCUCGAGCUCGAGUUCCAGCGCUGCCAGUAUGUAGUCGGCCGAGAGCGCACUGAGCUGGCGAGGCAGCUGAACCUGUCUGAGACACAGGUCAAAGUGUGGUUCCAGAACCGUCGCACCAAGCAGAAGAAGGACACGACCAAGGACUCUGACAAGCGCUCCUCCUCCACCUCCGAGUCGCUGGCCACCUGUAACAUCCUGCGCCUCCUCGAACAGGGCCGCCUCCUCUCCGCCCCGCCCCCCAACCCCCCAUUGGGCCACCACCCAGGAAAUGGCUCCCUAUUGGUCAGCUCCGGCGGCGGCUCCUCCUCGCCAGGGGUGAGUAGAAGCACGCCACCAGGAAAUGGUGUUUAUGCCAUGGGUGGAACUUUCGGGCUGUCACUGCCCUCCCUGGGAGGGACUUCACCUUCGCCGCGUCUGGGCAUGCCACCGCCGCACUCACUGUGCUUCUCAAUGCCGCUGCUAGGGGGCGCUCAUCAUGAACUGGCGUCUGGGUACGGGUGUGGGUCCUCUGCGUUCGAGCCGUACAUGCGGCUGGACAGGAUCUCCAAGGAUGGAGAUCUGAGUGGGAAGAAGAGAGUUUCCUAAAAGUCGGACAUUUUGGGGUUGGGGUCCCACCUAUCCAGCCACCAACAUUGUUGUCCGUCAUUGGUUGGAUCAUCAACAUAAUUGGCCAUCAUUGGCUGACAAGGAUGAACAGACAGCUGGGAGGAGGUGCACCUCAGAAAGAGAUUACAGCAGGACUCUCUUUGCGCCGCCAUUUUGUGUUGUUGGUUGCACCCUGUUCUCACCCGUUCUUCAGCUACUGCCUGCCACGGGGGGAGGGGAGGGGGUGGAACAGGACCACGUGGUGUGACAGACAGGGGUGAUGAUGAUGUCCGUCCCACACGAAAACCUUGCUUGUGAAUUUUUGGGAGAAAUUAAAUGUGUGUGUGAUUCAUAUGGAGAACAGAUUUAUUUUUCUUAACGCUUCUCCUCCUUCGUUCACUUUGUGUGAUCGUUCCCUUCUUUCUUUCUUUAGGCUUUCAUUUUCUUUCUGUUCCAUAAUAUGUUUUUUGAAAGUCUGACAUUUUAGAAAAGGCCCUGACUAAGUCAAUGUAAGUGAAUAAGCGUGAUAUUGUCUAUAGAUUACAUUACAAUACAAAGGAGAGCAACCAGUUAGCCCUUUAACAUAUUACAUACCUUCCAGCAAAAUUACCAGGUUUCCCAUCAUGUGGCAGUUUUCUGCCAGAGCGUUCCAAGUAAAAUAAUAAUACGCAUUAGCAGUUUCUAAUGUUAAUUUGCACUGUAUAGUGUCCAACACUGAUUCCUGUAAAUUCUGUAUUUGGUUGGUUGUGUGUGUAUUUGAAAAAAUGUGGACAAAUGGUGUGUAAACUAAAGCUAGUCCUAGGUCAAAUCCAUACUAGGAAGAAGAAGAAAAAGCAGUUGAGAAAAGGUACUGGGGGAUAUGUCCUUGCCAAAGUAACGGGUUAGCGAUAGCGCCGUUAGCUUCUCCUCUGCUCUGCGCUACACCCUCAUGUCAUCGUGUUGUCCAAUCAACUGGAGUAAAUCUAGAUCAACCUGAGGAGCUUGACCUCUGACCUCUGACCUCUAACCCCCUGACCUUUUAUCCACUCCCAUGAUAUUAACUCUUGAUGUGUAAUUCACCGGUGACACAGUAUCAAUCCGUAUGCGUUACCAUUGGCUACAGAGACUACUCUCUGGUUUAAAGCCACCCACCCGCAGGUUACCAUGACGACCCCCGGGUUUAGAUAAUCUCUGAAUGUUUGCAAACAAAAAGGGCUCAUCAUCGUUGGGGGGCGGGGUCGGGGGUGAAUUUGUUUUAGUGUACAUAAAAAGCGACCCAUCUGUCCCGUACAUAUCCCACCACAGCACCCAUGUACUUGGUCUGGCCAAACACUCCUUCUCCCAAAUCUUGUGUUUGAAUGUUGGUCACGUGGGUUUGGUGCGCACACAUACACAAACAAACACACACACACACAGAAUGUCUAACCGGUUCAUAUCAAUCCUUCUUAUCUCAUGGAAGUCUGUGUGUGAUGUUCUGAUGGGUCAACAGAUGGAUGCAGUAGGCCUCAUCUCUUUUCAACUGUUUUCUUCUCUAAUGUCAUAAUAAGCUUUUUUUUAUGUAUAUGUUUUCUCAGAUUGCUUUUUCCAUUUCUCUUUUUAUGAUUUAACUAUUAUAUUUGGCUAUUCCUUCCCAGACCCCCUCCUACGCGCAAGACUUGCCCAUUGUUUGAUUUCCAUCCAUUUACUUUGAUCUAAAGCACUUUAUGUUCCUAGAAGAUAUUUAUAUGAUCUCCCAUCUCCCUUUUUAAAAAUAGUUUGUUGUCAUGUGCUAGACCAUGGAAGUUAUUUGAGAUCUUGAGGUAUCAGAUAUUCACAGGUUUGUAUCACAAAUGGCACCCUAUUCCCCAUGCAGUGCACUACUUUUGGUGAGAGGUCUAUUACAAAUGGCACCCUAUUCCAUAUACUGCACCUAUAAUCCUCCCUACAGUCACUCUCCUAUAGGUAGGGUUGCAAAAUUCCGGGAACUUUUAAUACAUUCCCUGGUUUUCUAUAAAUCAUGGUUGGAGGAUACGGAUUUCCUGCUUAUUCUCUCCUGAUUCAGAGAUUCCUCCAACCGGGAUUUAUUUAAAGUUCCCGGAAUUUUGCAACCCUACCUAUAGGUACAGUUCUAAAUGCAGUGUAUGCAGACUAUCCAUUAAGAAGACAGGUUAAGGGUUAGUCAGAGAUUCUGGAUUCAGUUCAGACACUUUCUGUUUUUUCCCCCAAAGAGACUCGAAGCUCCAAGCCGUAUUCACUGUAAUUCCACCUCAAUUUGUCAAUGUUAACUAGAGUUAUCUCCGCUGGGUCCUUUGACAACUUUUAAUUUUUUUAUACUCACGCUUGGUGAUUUUCCUAUGCGCUGGCCAUUCAUAUUUCAGGUCCCUGCUUGCUUUUACUGUCAGUUGACUCUCUGAAUUGAAUCACAAUAGGUCACAUAUGUAGGUCACAUACACUGAGUAUACCAAACAUUAGGAACAGCUUCCUAAUAUUGAGUUGUUCUCGUGAAGGUCCUGGUUUGCUACGUGAUGACAUCAAUACAAAAUGGCCGACCUGAUCACCGUUCUUCACAAGUAAACGCCAAGGUCGUCUACCUAAAUUGAUUCAAAGCCUGAAAAAAUCCCCUUCUGUGAAAAAAGUGUGAGGGCAAAACAUUCUGAUAGUAAAACAACAGAUUUGUUCUACUACGGUGUCUCUCUGACCUUCUGACCUUUCUCUGCCAGUCUCACCUUCACGUUGUCGCAGUGAAGCACCGCUGUGGGUCUUGUAGUCGUGGAAACCUCUCUGUUUGUGUCUUGUUGCCGUGGAUCUACUGGGGCUGUUGUUGAAAAUCAUGUUAUUUUCAAUAAGCAGCAUCCAAUAUUCACAUCGUCCUCCAUCAAAUAUUGAAGGGAGAGACAGACCUGAGAGGCAGAGAGGGAGGCAGAGA